AUGCCUACCGAGUUUAUCAGUCUCACGUUCCCCAACCCUUCGACGGAGCUCAAUCCAAUCCCGAACGCGGCAAUCGACCCCGAGUUCCUGAAGCGCUACGCCCGCAACCUCGACGACUAUGAAUACAAUUAUACGCUUGUCCCAUAUGACUCGUCAUACUUCGACCCAUGGACCAUUGGCGCGACCAUCGCUGCUGUGACAAAGAAACUCAAGAUCAUCAUCGCUCUGCGACCUAACACCCUGUUCCCGACAGUCGCAGCCAAAGCUCUCGCAACGCUGGACCAGCUGAGCUCCGGCCGUGCCGUCGUCCACUUUAUCGCCGGCGGCAGUGACGCCGAACAGGCCAAGGAAGGCGACUUCCUAAACAAGCAGGAGCGGUACGAGCGACUGGAGGACUACAUCAAGAUCCUCCGUCGGGCAUGGGAGUCUGCCGAGCCCUUCGACUGGGACAGCAAGUACUACAAGUUCACGCAGUUCAGCAACCGCGUCCGUCCAGUCAACGGAACGAUCCCCGUCUCCGUCGGCGGUUCUUCCGACGACGCCUACCGCAUCGGUGGCUCGCUGGCCGACAUCUUCGGCCUCUGGGGAGAGCCGCUAAAGGAAACAAAGGAGCAGAUCGACCGUAUCUACGCCGAGGCCGAAAAAGCCGGCCGUACAGACCGACCCCGAAUCUGGGUCACGUUCCGGCCCAUCAUCGCCGAGACCGACGAACUCGCCUGGGCCAAGGCGCACCGCGCCCUGGAUGCCCUUCAAUCCAACCGCGCUGCCGGCCAGGGUCUAACCCCCUCCAACGCCCCGCCACCGCAAAACGUCGGGUCCCAGCGCCUCCUCGAGAUCGCGUCUCGAGGCGAGGUGCAAGACCGCGCACUGUGGUACCCGACCGUAACCGCGACGAAUGCGCGCGGCGCAUCCACUGCGCUUGUGGGAUCGCCGGAGACGAUUUCGGACUCGAUUUUGGAUUAUGUUGAUCUUGGGGCGGAGCUGAUCUCUAUUCGCGGGUAUGAUAACCUCUCUGAUGCGAUCGAUUAUGGGCGGUAUGUGCUUCCGCGUGUACGGGAGGCGCUGGCGAAGAGGGGUAGUAGUAGUUGA